AUGUCCGACAUCUCCGAUGACUACGUCGACAUCUCUUCCGAGACUGACCUCCAUCUGAGUGUCUACAUGGAGAAGCUAGGCCGCCAUUGUCGUCUAGGUAGCUCGUCAAGUGAGGGAUCAUCAUUCACAGCCGGACCCUCCAGACAAGAGACAACCUCCACUGUUGUUGAAGCUCCAACUCACUCGUUCCCAAAGAGCCUUCCCGAUUGGAGCAACCUCAAAGUGCUCCAUCGCAACACCCUUCCACCACGGAGCUACUUCUUCCUGUACAAUACCGAAGAGGACGCCCUUACUAGGGAUACAUCCAAGUCCAAGUCACUCCUACUUUCCGGAAAAUGGAAAUUCCACCUGACAACAUCGCCUUUCCAUGAACCUCGGGACUUCUACAAGACCGACUAUGACACCUCGGAGUGGGACGACAUUGUCGUACCUGGCAUGUGGCAAUGCCAGGGCUACGGCAAGGGUCCUCAAUAUACCAAUCUCAACUUUCCCUGGCCCGUUGAUGCGCCCAACAUUCCCUACGAUGACAAUGAAUGCGGCCGACAUGUGACGACCUUCAAAGUUGGUGACGACUUUGCGGACCACCAGCUGAGACUACGCUUCGAGGGUGUCGACUCUGCCUUCACCGUCUGGGUCAAUGGCAAGGAAGUCGGCUAUUCCCAAGGAGCUCGUAAUCCCAGCGAGUUCGACGUCACGGACUUUGUCAAGGUCGGCGAGGACAACCUUCUUGCCGUCGAGGUCUACCAGAGAUGCGACGGCACAUACCUCGAGGAUCAGGACCAGUGGUGGCUCAGCGGCAUUUUCAGAGAUGUCUACCUCCACGCUUUCCCCAAGUUCCAUCCAAUCGACUACCACGUUCACACUCUGCUGGACGAUGACUACAAGGAUGCCACCUUGAAGGUCGACGUCGAGAUGAGCCAGGGCGCUUACGUCGAUAUGAAGCUCCUCGACGCUGAUGGCAAGCUCAUCGCCAAGGACAUGAAGAUUUUUGACCGACACAACAGCUUCGACAUCCGCGUCAAGAACCCACACAAGUGGACGGCCGAGACUCCAUACCUCUACACCCUAGUCCUCAACUUCAAGAAGUGCAGCCUGGUUCAGCGCGUGGGUUUCCGUCGCGCGGAGCUGAUCAAGGGGGUCUUCAGCGUAAACGGCGAUCCCAUCAAGAUCCGUGGCGUGAACCGCCACGAGCACCACCCAGACUCGGGCCGCGCCGUGCCUUACGACUUCUUGAAGCGCGACCUGCUCUUGAUGAAACACUUCAACGUCAACGGCAUCCGUACCUCUCACUACAUCAAUGACCCCCGCCUCUACGACCUCGCAGACGAGCUCGGUAUUUGGAUCCUCGACGAGGCUGACCUCGAGUGCCACGGCUUCGGCGUUCUCGGAAAUGCGGGCGAAAGCUGGGCCACAGAUAACCCAGAUUGGAGAGAGGCCUACGAGGAUCGCGCGAGGCAGAUGGUCCAGCGCGACAAGAACCACGCCUCGGUCAUCCUGUGGUCUUUGGGCAACGAGUCCUUCUAUGGGCAGAACCACCAGCACAUGUACGACGUGAUCAAGAGUAUCGACAAGUCACGUCUGGUACACUACGAGGGUGACUGGAAUGCGUCGACGGCGGAUAUCUACAGCAGGAUGUACGCCUCUGCCGAGGACAUUAUCAACACGGCGUCACAGAAGGACUGGGCCAAGCCGCUCGUGCUGUGCGAGUACAUUCACGCCAUGGGCAACGGCCCCGGUGGUAUCAAGGAGUACAUUGACGCCUUCUACAAGUAUCCGCGAUUGAUGGGAGGUUUUGUCUGGGAAUGGGCCAACCACGGCCUCCGUACGACGAACGAUGAUGGUGAGGAAUACAUGGGCUACGGGGGUGACUUUGGCGAUGUCCCCAACGACUAUAACUUUGUCUUUGACGGCCUCUGCUUCGCCAAUCACACGCCUACCCCGGGCCUGGUCGAGUAUGGCAAGGCCAUUGAGCCCGUCCAGACGCUCGAGAUCAAGGGCAAUGAGGUCACCAUCAUCAACCGCUACGAUAUCGUAUCCUUGGACCAUCUCACAGCCACCUGGCACAUCGUUGCGGACGGUAUGGUCAUCGGCGGCGACCAGGAGGUCGAAAUCCCCAAAGGCAUCAAACCUCACACCAAGGCGCACCUCAAGAUUAAGGGUCUUCCCAAGAACCUUACCGCCGAGGCCUACCUCCACAUCGACUUCUUCCUCACCAAAGGCACAAAUUGGGCCAAAAAAGGCCAUCGUGUCGCCUUUGGCCAAGUCGCCCUCUCCAAGGCCCCCUCCAUGGCCACAAUCCUCUCCUCCCUCUCCAACCCCUUCCUCGACCCCGUUCCCACCAUCCAGCAAACCUCUCCCUCCCUACUCUCUAUCACCUCCGCAACAGGCCUCUCAACCUGGGGCCUCGACCUCCAACUCGGCACCCUUACCUCCUGGCGUAAAGCCUCUCACCCGCAUAUCGAGCUUCUAACCACACCCUUCGUCGUGGACUUUUACCGCGCCCUCACCGACAACGACCGCGGUGGCCGCUUCGGGCAGCAAUGGGAGGAUCGCCGACUGCAUCAGACGAGCCACAACAUCAAGCGCGUAGAAUGGCGCAAGGAGAAGCACGGUCUUAUCGUCAACGUCCACUCCCGCAUCGCGCCGCCCGUCCUCGCGUGGGGCGUCGACAUCUACACCACCUACACCUUCCACGGCGAGGCCAUCUACAUCAAGAUAAAGGGCAAGCCCAGCGGUCCGCUGGUGCCGGAUACCUUUGCCCGCAUCGGCUUCACUUUCGGCCUCAAGAACGUGGAGAAGGUCGCGUGGUGGGGCCGUGGGCCCGGCGAGAGCUACUCGGACAAGAAGAUGGCGCAGGCCUUUGGGAACUGGGAGGAGACGGUCGAUGACCUGUUUGUGGACUACGAGUUCCCGCAGGACGGCGGCAACAGGACCGAUGUCCGGUGGGUCGAGUUCCGCGGACAGCUGCCCGAUGAAGAGGGCGUGGUCGACAAGAGCAAGCCCGCUGAGCGUCUCAUUCGCGCCCGCUACGGCGAUCUGGAAGGUGCCUCGUUCUCGGCCAUGCACUACACCACCAAGGACCUGGACGAGUGCAAGCACCCGUACGAGCUGCACAAGCGCAAGCGGGAGGACACGGUCGUCAGGCUGGACUGGGCGCAUCACGGUCUCGGGACGGGGUCCUGUGGGCCGGCGACGCUGCCGCAGUAUGAGCUCAAGAGCAAGGAUUUUGAGUUUGAGCUUGUUCUGGAUUAG